GGCUGGUCUAGGGCUGCGAAGAAGAUGUUCAUGCUUAGCCGUCUCGAAGGAGGACGUCAUACCGGUGGUUCGUAGAGGGUCUCGGGAUAUUGACUAGACGGCUAUUUGUGCAUCCGACCGUGGAAGACAAGUAGUACUAGGUCUGGAGAUGAUCUGGAUUGUGCACAUGGAUCUCGAGUUCAACAUGUAGAAAACAUAGCGGUGGUGAUUGCCUAGCAGAACUUGAUGCAACCAAUGUGCUCCAAAAUGUCGAACGUGUCGGAAUAAGAUACGGUAGCAAAUAAACAGUCAUCUUGACAAUCUCAGCUGUGACCAUCCUGAAGAGCAACAAAGCUAAAUAAAUCUGUCCCGCUAGACGUCACCACGCCAUUCUCUUCCAUCCAACUCUGCAACCACUACUAGUCAUCAACAUGGAUAGCGACACGAAAAUGACCGAAGCUCCCAACACCCGCCUUCUUGAUCCCAAGAUCUUCGACCAUCUGAAGAAUAAGAUCGACGAGGACCAGCAGGUCCGCGAUGCCCUUAGUCAGGUCAUCCAACGCCUUGACCGCGCCAUCUCACACGUCCAGGGCCUGUUGUCCCGCGUUCAUGCCACCCAACGAUCGCAAUACCCUGCCUUCCUCGCACAGGUCGAGGCGGGUAUUCAAGAUGAGAUCACUGUUAUUGGCGAGCUGAACGAGAUGGCCUCCCAGCAUCCCUACUACAAGUACAACCAAAAAUGGUCCCGUUCGAUCCAAAACUCCAUCUUCACUGUCCUCCUCUGCGGCUGGCUCGGCGGUCUCUCCCCGAAUAGCAGCGCAGAGUCCACAGAACCGCAGCAGGGCCGUCUCGUCACCAUCGAGGAGGUAGGCUCCAUAUUGAAAGUCCCCGUAAACCUAAAGGACAGGGACAGCUUCCACAUAACCAUUGAAGAGUACCUCUUCGCCCUCGUCGACCUGACACAGGAACUCUCCCGCCUCGCUCCCAACGCCGUCACCCUGGGCGAUCCGGCCUUGUCUAUUCAAAUCGCCUCCUUUGUGGGCGACAUUUUCGCCGGCUUCCAAGUCCUCAACCUCAAGAACGAUGCCCUGCGUAAGCGUGUCGAUGGAGUCAAGUAUCAUGUUCAGCGGGUCGAAGAGGUUGUCUACGAUCUCACCUUGCGCGGUAUGGUUCCCCAGGGCUCUGAGGACGCCGACAAGCCGUCGUCUAGCUGAGAGGGUGGGUGUGAUUGUGGAGAUGGAGCGGGUCUUGAUUUCUCCGGUAGGAGAUACAUAUGGGAAUCAUUUCCGUCAUUCUUCGGGGCAAGGUUUGGUGGCUAAGGUAGUUUAAUCAUCCGCUGUGAUAAAUCCUAGCUAGAACUCUGAAUUCUUAUUUA